GGGAGGAGGCAGUGGGAAGAGCUCCAUGAACAAACUGCUGCACAGUCAUUUGCACGUAACUGAGACAAAAAGAGAGAUACCAGCACCACAGCACACAUCCUCUGUAAAAGCAAGGAGCCCUUUUGUACUUCUGACAUUAAAAGAUAGCAUCCAUUUCAGCCCUGUGCUGCUCUCUAAGGCAGUAAUGUCCUCCUCAUCCUCUUCAGCAUUGGAGAUGGAGAUCUUCCAGUACAUUGAUGCACAUCAAAGUGAUUUCAUCAAGGUUCUGAAGGAAUGGGUGGCUGUGGAAAGCGAUUCUAUUCAACCACACCUGAGGGAAGAAGUAAUGCAAAUGAUGGCACUGGUAGCAGACAGACUUGCAACACUGGGAGCCACUGUUAAUUUAGUAAACUUGGGGUCACAUGAGCUGCCUGAUGGCCAAGUCCUCCCACUGCCUCCCGUGAUUCUUGGGGAACUGGGGAAGGAUCCACAAAACCCCACUGUAUGCUUCUAUGGUCAUGUGGAUGUGCAGCCUGCCAAGAAGGAGGAUGGCUGGGACACUGACCCCUACACACUGACUGAAAUCAAUGGAAACCUCUAUGGGCGUGGAGCAACAGACAAUAAGGGACCAGUCCUAGCUUGGAUAAAUGCAGUGGAAACAUUCAGAGCCUUGAAAUUAGCUAUGCCAGUGAACUUCAAGUUUGUAAUUGAAGGCAUGGAAGAAGCAGGAUCCUUGGGGCUAGAGAAGCUACUUGAGGAAGAAAACCAGAGGUUCUUCUCUGAUGUUGAUUAUAUUGUAAUUUCAGACAACCUGUGGCUCAGCAACAAGAAGCCUGCCCUCACCUAUGGGAGUCGGGGCAACGCCUGCUUCUUUGUGGAGGUUGAAUGUGGCAGCAAGGACCUUCACUCUGGAACUUUUGGGGGCAUCAUCCACGAGCCGCUGCUGGACCUGAUAGCGCUGCUGGACAGCCUUGUGGAUUCCACAGGCCAUAUUCAGAUCCCUGGAAUCUACGACAAUGUUGCUGCCCUGACAGAAGAGGAAAGGAAGUUGUUUGAAUCAAUUGAAUUUGAUCUAGAGGAACAUAGAAAUAACUGUGGUGUGAAAAAAUUCCUCUAUGGCACCAAGGAAGAAAUACUUCUGCACCUGUGGCGUUACCCCUCUCUCUCUAUUCAUGGGAUUGAAGGAGCUUUCCAUGAACCAGGCAUUAAAACAGUCAUUCCAGCAAAAGUAAUUGGCAAAUUCUCAAUCCGUCAGGUCCCCAACAUGGACCUUUCGGUUGUGGAAAAGCAGGUGGUGGAACACUUGGAGGGUGUCUUUUCCAAGAGGAACAGUCCAAACAAAAUGAAAGUGUCCAUGCCUUUGGGUGUAAAGCCCUGGCUUGCUGAUUUUAAUGAUCUACUAUAUAAAGCAGCAAGAAGGGCAGUAAAAACAGUUUUUGGAGAAGAUCCAGAUUUCACCCGUGAUGGCUCAACAAUUCCUGUUGCCAGAAUGUUUCAGACUGUAACACAGAAAAGUGUGAUGAUGCUUCCGAUUGGAGCGGCUGAUGCUGGAGAGCAUUCCCAGAACGAGAAAAUAAGCAGACACAACUAUAUUGAAGGAACAAAAUUGUUUGCAGCUUUUUUCCUGGAGAUAUCAAAGCUACAUCAGAAUUUACAUGAAACUUCCCACACAGAGACUAUCAACUGA